UUCAAACAGGCUGUGAAUCUGCUGCCUUAGCGACAGUAACUAAGGGGCGGGGCGAGACGCCGUGACAUCGCGAGAACACUCCGCGGGAUCCCGCAGCGCUCCUGUUUCUCAGCCUGAAGACCUCCGAGACCAGAAUCCAGACUCAGUCCAGGACAACACGGCCCACCAGUCACAGCGGAGACCUGCAGGACGAUGGAGAACCAGAACCCGGACCGCAGGAGCCAAACAGCAGCCUCGUGCUCUGAUAGCACCGAUGUUCAGAGAGGGAGAGAUGGGCUCAAACGUCAUCAAUGUCAGCACUGUGACAAAUCCUUCAAAACAUCUGGAAAUUUAAAGCUUCAUCAGAGAGUUCACACUGGAGAGAAACCGUACAGCUGUGACCAGUGUGGGAAAGCUUUCACUUUAUCAGGUAACCUAAAAAAACACCAACUUAUUCACACUGGAGAGAAAACGUACAGCUGUGACCAGUGUGGGAAAGCUUUCAUUACAUCAGAUCGGUUAAAGGUGCACCAACGUGUUCACGCUAGAGAGAAACCGUACAGCUGUGACCAGUGUGGGAAAACCGUCACUACAAAGAGUGCCCUGGCUAAGCACAGAUUCAUUCACACUGGAGAGAAACCAUACAGCUGUGACCAGUGUGGGAAAGCUUUUGCUGGAUCAGAUGGGCUAAGGGAGCACCAGCGUGUUCACACUGGAGAGAAACCUUACAGCUGUCAGCACUGUGACAAAUCCUUCAAAGGAUCUUCAACUUUAAAGAUUCAUCAGAGAGUUCACACUGGAGACAUGCACAGCUGUGACCAGUGUGAGAAAACCUUCACUACAAAAGGUGCCCUGGCUAAGCACAGAUUCAUUCACAGUGGAGAGAAACCGUACAGCUGUGACCAGUGUGGGAAAGCUUUCACUGCAUCAGGUUGCCUAAAAAGACACCUACUACUUCACACUGGAGAGAAACCGUACAGCUGUGACCAGUGUGGGAAAGCUUUCACUGCAGCAGAUCAGCUAAAGGAGCACUACCGUGUUCACACUGGAGAGAAACCUUACAGCUGUGACCAGUGUGGGAAAGCCUUCACUACAAAAGGUGCCCUGGCUAAGCACAGAUUUGUUCACACUGGACAGAAACCGUAUAGCUGUGACCAGUGUGGUAAAGCUUUCGCUAAAUCAUAUCAGUUAAAGGUGCACCAACGUGUUCACACUAGAGUGAAGCCGUACUGGUGUGACCAGUGUGGGAAAGCUUUCUCUGACUCAAGUUACCUAAAGGUGCACCAACGUGUUCACUCUGGAGAGAAGCCGUACGGCUGUGACCAGUGUGGGAAAACUUUUACUCGAUCACAUGACCUAAAAAUCCACCAACGUGUUCACACUGGAGAGAAGCCGUACGGCUGUGACCAGUGUGGGAAAACUUUUACUCGAUCACAUGACCUAAAAAUCCACCAACGUGUUCACACUGGAGAGAAGCCGUACGGUUGUGACCAGUGUGGGAAAGCCUUCACUGCAAAACGUGCCCUGGUUAAACACAGACGCAUUCAUACUGGUGAGAAACCUUACAGCUGUGACCAGUGUGGGAAAGCUUUCAUUGCAUCAGAUCGGCUAAAGGUGCACCAACGAGUUCACACUGGUGAAGAAACGUACAGCUGUGACCAGUGUGGGAAAGCUUUUGCCACAUUAGGUUGUCUAAAGGGGCAUCAACGUGUUCACACAGGAGAGAAGCCGUACAGCUGUGACCAGUGUGGGAAAGCUUUCACCACAUUAGGUUGUCUAAAGGGGCAUCAACGCGUUCACACAGGAGAGAAGCCGUACAGCUGUGACCAGUGUGGGAAAGCUUUUGCUUCAUCAAGUUAUUUUAAGUUGCAUCAACGCGUUCACACACGAGAGAAGCCGUACAGCUGUGACCAGUGUGGGAAAUCUUUUGCUUCAGUGGGUUAUCUAAAUGUCCACAGACGCUUUCACACUGGACAGAAACCAUACUGGUGUGAAAAGUGUGGGAAAACUUUUACUACAUCAGGUGGUCUAAAGUAUCAUGAACGCGCUCACACAGGAGAGAAGCCGUACGGCUGUGACCAGUGUGGGAAAGCGUUUGCUACAGAAGGUUAUCUAAAAAUCCAUAGACUCAUUCACACUGGACAGAAACCAUACUGGUGUGGAAAGUGUGGGAAAACAUUUACUACAUCAGGUAAUCUGAAGUUGCAUCAACGCAUUCACACAGGAGAGAAGCCGUACGGCUGUGACCAGUGUGGGAAAGCUUUCACUGCAUUAGGUUGUCUAAAGUUGCAUCAACGCAUUCACACAGGAGAGAAGCCGUACAGCUGUGACCAGUGUGGGAAAUCUUUUGCUUCAUCAGGUUAUUUUAAGUUGCAUCAACGCGUUCAUACAGGAGAGAAGCCGUACAGCUGUGACCAGUGUGGGAAAGCUUUUGCUUCAGUAGCUAAUCUAAAUGUCCACAGACGCUUUCACACUGGACAGAAACCAUACUGGUGUGAAAAGUGUGGGAAAACUUUUACUACAUCAGGUAAUCUGAAGUUGCAUCUACGCAUUCACACAGGUGAGAAGCCGUACGGCUGUGACCAGUGUGGGAAAGCCUUUACUACAUCAGGUGGUCUAAAGUAUCAUGAACGUGCUCACACUAGAGGUCUGCAAGCCCGUCGGGUUCCGACGUGCCGCUUCAGCACCUCUAAAGUACGCUCCGUCACAGCGCCCUUACACAAAUAAAAUCCGAGACUUCAUCUAGCCUGAUAGGGUAAGUCUAAUGGAUUUCCUUAUUUACUAUUAGGUUUGGUAGCUAAUAAUGGUUUCUGAUCACCCUUUAAAACAAUGUGCAGGUACGCCUUGCAUUUAAAUAGGCCUAAUUAAUUAUUUGGUAGUAACUUAAUAAUUAGGCGGAUGGCACGUUUCAGGCGCUCCGGCACCUAAUAAUUUACAAACUAGUAUUAUUCAGCAUGGUUGUAUUGAAUAUAUUCUAAAUAGCCUAAGCAAUAGGAACAUAGGCUACUUGUGCGUUACUAUACACGUGACGUUGAACAUGCAGAGCAGUGAGAAAUUGGAGUGUGUUUAGGCCAAUGUGUGCGUAUAUCCAAAAUAAGCGCGCGACAGGCAGCUGAAGUUGAUGUCGGGCUCGGGUCGUGCUGAAUAAUUGCAGAUGUUAUCGGGUCGGGUUGGGCUUUCCGAAGCCGUACAGCUGUGACGAAAGUGAUUCAGUGCAACAGGAUGCAAGGGCUCAAAAAUUCUGUAAACAGGAACGGGACAGCCCUUUGCCCCAUAAUCACGUUACCUUGAUGACGCUGAAACAUGUUGCACACUUUUUAUUUCGAGUGGUAGCUAGAUUUUUAGGUAUUGCAGUUCUUGUCCUACAGAGUAGAGGAGAGGUAAAUGUCAAUAAACCUUUGUCAAUAAUUAAUGCACUAUUGUCGGUUAAAUAAUUGAAUAAACUGUGUGUAAUAAGGUGAUUGCUUUCCUCUGACUUCAUGUGUUCUAUGUAGGCUACAGCGUUGGUGUUGAUGCUUGUUUGUUCACCAUAUUUCUUUUGUUAUUAUGCGGAUUUGACGUGAUUUUACUUUGCUUCCAGGCUUCCCCUGGUAACCCCCGUGUUUUGCGUCAUACCGCUAUAAACUGGGCAGUUCCCUCACGCAGAGUCUGCAGAAAUGCGGACUUACGAAAAGGGCUCAAAAAGGGUUUAAGAAAGGCUCAAAAUGUCAGCGAGAGCCCUCGCGCACAUGACGAUUUGACAGCGGGACAGCCUUAAGCCCUCGUGGACUUCCCGGGAAUGCGCCUCAAAGUCUGAGGGUGAACAUUGCGAUUGGUCCUAGUAGUGUGACGAGACACUUGGGUCACAUGAGAAGACACAAGAUCGGCUUCACUAGAACGAGACAUGAUUUUAAGACUAUUUUAAAAGAAAUCAAACUGAAUUAUAUGAACAGUUUGAGCAUUAAACAUUUAAUUUCCUGUGUUCUGGUUAAAAUGACAAUUUUAAUAAUAAUAAUUGAGUGGAAUCCAUGCGACCCUGAACUUUAGACUCCCAGUACCGCCACUGGCCACACAGUCCCACAGCAUGAUGGAACCUCCACCAAUUUUUACUGUGGGUAGCAAGUGUUUGUCUUGCUCGCACUGUAUUCUUUUGCCGCCAUGCAUAACGACUCAUGUUAUGACCAAAUAACUUAAUCUGUGUCAUUCAUAAGUCUACAGCACCUUCUUCCAAAAUGAAGCUGGCUUGUUCAAAUGUGCGUUUGCAUACCUCAAGCGACUCUGUCUGUGGCGUGUGUGUGCAGAAAAGGCUUCUUCCAUAUCACUCUCCCGUACAGCUUCUCCUUGUGCCAAGUGCGCUGAAUUGUUGAACGAUGCACAGUGACACCAUCUGCAGCACGAUGAUGUUGUAGGUCUUUGGAGGUGGUCUGUGGGCUGCCACUUCUGGCCUUAACAAGAACUGUGCCUGUGGUCUUCCAUUUUCUCACUACGGACACUGACAGCUCGCGAUGGCUUUUUGUAGCCUUCCCCUAAACCAUAAUGUUGAACAAUCUUAGUUUUCAGGUCAUUUGAGAGUUGUUUUGGGGCUCCCAUGUUGCCACGCUUCAGAGGAGAGUCAAAGAGAACAACAACUUGUAAUUUAAAUAUGUUUUCUCAUGAUUGGAUGCACCUAUGAAGUUCAAGGCUUGAUGAGCUCACCAAACCAAAUGUGUGUUCCAAUUAAUCAGUGCUAGUUAGUUACAGGUUUUCAGAUCAACACAAUGGCAAAGGUGCUCAAAUUUAUGCAUCUGUCGAAUCUUGUGGCAACUUUGAUUUUGACAAAACUGCUUAAAUUAAAUAUGUUUUGAUUCCCUAGCUUGCUCACUACUGAAGAAUGUCUCUGUUCUACAAAAACAGCUGAAGCUAAUUUCUUUUGUUUACUAAUGAUGUGUCUACUUAAACGGUAAGAUGAGAGCAUUCAUUGAUGAACUGACUUUUUUUUUAUAAACUCAAUGUGACAAUGGAUCGGCCAAAGGGGGAACUGUAAUGGAAACAAAUAUAUUUUACCUCUAUGUACUUUUAUUAAUCCUCUAUAUGUCAUUCUUAUGUUCUUUGCUCAUCCCUAUGUACCACUUAGUGUACCAGUGUUUUGAUAUAACAACCUUCUGUGAGAUUUUGUUUCAUGCUUUCCUGUGAGAAAGGAGUUUCCACUGUGGCUCAAGGCUGAGAAAGGCUUUUCUGUUGGACUCCGCAAUUAUUCUCUAGCAUUAAAUGUCUUCUCUGUUUCUCUGGGUCAGACUCUCUAACAGCCCUCUGGUGUAGGAGCUCUGCCCUUCAGCUGAAUCACUCUGUUAUUCUUACUUUAAUAAAUAUCACAAAGACACC